AUGCGAUCCCGAACUGGCUGUUUGACGUGCCGGACUCGCAAGCUGAAAUGUGACGAGCAAAAACCCCAGUGCUCCCAAUGCGCCAAAGGCGCGCGCGAAUGCCGGUGGGGUGAGGGUGUCGUGUUCCGUCAUCAACAGAAUGCCUCGAUGAACGAUGGGAGCGGGGACGGGAAUCUCAAGGGAUUCUACUCGUACAAGAACACAUUCCACAAGGACAGCGUGUGGCUCAGUAUCCCCAAAGAUGUCAUCUUCGUCGACAACUCCGAUCCCUACGCAGACGACCUCGAGGCCUCGCUCGCAGAACCAGGACAGAGCCAGCGUCGAUGGGGCAGCGUGACGACAGAUUCCCGACCGUCAGACGCAGAAACACACGGCCUGGAAGCCCUGUCUGCGGCGGUCGCGAGCCAUGAUCACCGUUUUCCGUAUUCGCCGUUAGACCACCACUCCGUCUCGGCAGAUAGUCCGUCGUAUCAUUCUCCGAAUCAGACCCGAGCCAUGCCUCCGCCGGCUUCGCCGUCCAUUUCGCUUCCCUCCAACAGCAGCACUACCAAUCAUAAUAGCAACAGUAACCUCAACUUCCUGCUCAACCCAUCGCAUUCGAUGUCGCCGCCGAUUGAUCCGAGUAUUGCUGAUCGUGCAAGUUCCACCUUGCCGUCGCGGCCGGCGGCAACGUCGCGGGGUAUUGCUGAGAAUGCUGGAGAGUCGGAUUUCGAGGUGGCCUUUCUGCUGCGGCAUUAUAGUGAAGUGCCGGGGUUAUGGAUGGAUUUGUUCGACCUAGGAACGUACUUCGCAUCAUACGUUCCCGCGAGAGCGCAGUCCAACCCUCUGCUCAAGUACGCGGCCUGCGCAUACGCCGCGAAACAACUGGGCCGAGUCAAAGGUGCCAAGACUGCCAUGGGUGGUGUAUGCUCACGGCAAGCCACGAUGGAAGUAUGGCCCGAAAAGAAGGAGGACUGGACCUGGUGCGGGGCCAAGUACUAUGAAAAGGCCAUUCAGCUGUUGAUGAAAGAGCUGCAACCAGACGCGGAGGGUCCGCCGCCUUUAAGCACACCCGAGGCAUUUGGGCAAUGGCAGGCGGCUGAACUUUGUGGAAACCCUGAAAACCCGCGUAAGCGCAGACGACGCGUCUCGAAUAGUAGGCUUUCUCAUGGGCGCCAUUCGGACGAGAUCCUGGCUGCCACGGCAAUCUUGUCGGUGUAUGAGUUUCUGGAUGCAACUGGUCCGGCGUGGAAUCGGCAUUUGAGUGGCGUCAAGUCGUUGCUGGAUGUCGCUGAAGUGGGCAUGAUGCCUCUUGAACAACUCGCGUCACCGGGGGAUAAGUCAUAUCAGCCGCAAAAGAAGUCUGGGCUUUCCAAAGCGAGAAAGGCGACGUUCUGGAAUUUUGCGAGACAAGAUUAUUUGGCUGCCUUUAUCAAUGAGAGCCGCACGAGACUGAACCCGGAUGAUCUCCUAUUGUGGACUGAAGCCGGGUUGCACAUCGACAGUAUGGGCUUUAUUUGUCCAAGCAACACCAAUGCAACUGGAUACCCCGAAGGCGACGACGUCAUGAAAGAGGACCUGAUCUGCAAUGCGCUCAUCUGGAUCGGGUCCAAGAUAGUCAACUUCAUCAGCGCGGGCGACAGCAUGCUGAGCGGCCAGUCCGCCCAGUCCGGUCCCCUCGGAGUCUCACAGCAAGUCCUCCUUGAGCGAUGGUACCGUCUAGAAAACGAGCUGGACAACUGGUACAACGGCCUCCCGGCAACAUUCCAACCCAGCGCACGAAUUGACCCCACGCGGGUUGCGAAACACAAGCCCAGCGAGGAACUAGAAGAUCUAGCCACGCUCCAGGAAAUAUGGUUCAGUCUGGCCAUGUGUGCAUCAAGCAUGCAGCAUUACCACAUGGCACGGAUUCUGCUGCUGAUCAAUAAACCGCACGAAUCCACCAGCCGCAGAGCCACGAUCACAAACAGACUCAAUUCGUACCGCUCCAUCGAAAAUGAGAUCCGUCUUCAUAGUCGUGAGAUUCUGGGGAUUGGCCUUGCUCGUCCGGAGGGCAGCGUGCGCAUUAAUUCGCUGCAGCCUCUCUUCGUGGCGGGCCAGUGCCUGACUGAUCCGCGCGAGCGGAGGACGACCAUCCGGCUGUUACGCGCUAUCGACGCUGAUCUGGGCUGGGCGACUGAGUAUCGUGUCAAGCAGCUGCUCAAGGAAUGGGGCUGGAACGAGGGGGUGUCUCAUUUGUCCGAGACAUGA